ACGCAUUUGACCUUCAUCAAAAACAUGACCGUGGGAUCGCUUCAAGGAGGACCUCGUGUGGGCUGCUUGGGUGGCGGCCAGCUCGGCCGCAUGAUGGGCUAUGCAUCCCACCGCCUCGGACUCUCGUUCACAUGCCUUGACCCUCAAGGUAGUGCAUCUCCGGCGGGACAAGUCGUCCCGACAGUUGCCGGGUCAUUCACGGACGCCGCGGCCAUUGAAGCGCUCGCCAACCAGUGCGAUGUUCUGACUGUGGAAAUUGAACAUGUAAACGCCCAAACUCUCCGUGCGCUUCAGACGUCGCACCCUAAGUUGGCCAUCCAUCCGAGCCCGGACACAAUCGCUUUGAUUCAAGACAAGUUUGCCCAAAAGGAGUUCGCCGCAGCGUUGAACCUUCCGUUGGGCGCAUUCCGUCGCGUGGACUCGAUGGCCGAGGCUGAAGCUGCUGGAGCUGCCUUUGGCUACCCCUUCAUGCUCAAGUCGCGUUUGUGGUCGUACGAUGGCAAGGGCAACGCCGUGGUAGACUCGCGUGCUACGCUUGAAUCGUCGAUUGCCGCCCUCGCUGGCAAAGACGCGCUGUCCCCUGGCAAGUUGUACGCGGAGAAGUGGGUGCCGUUCACCAAGGAGCUCGCUGUAAUGGUCGUGCGCCAAGGCAGUGAUGUGCGAUGCUACCCUGUUGUCGAGACAACUCAGCACAACAACAUUUGCCACACAGUGUUGGCGCCGGCUGCGAUUCCAUCGACAGUGUUGGCGGCCGCAUCAUCAUUGGCCAACAAGGCCGUCGCUGCACUCAGUGGAAACGGGAUCUUUGGCGUCGAGCUCUUCCUGACUUCGGACGGCUCUGUCUUGUUGAACGAAAUCGCGCCCCGGCCGCACAACUCUGGUCACUACACGAUCGAAGCAUGCGAAACGGACCAGUUUGAGAACCACUUGCGCGCCGUCGCGGGGCUUCCCCUCGGGUCUCCAGCCCUCAAGGUCGGUGCAUCGUGGAUGCUCAACUUGCUCGGGUCCAGUGACCCGUCCGAAACGACGUCGUUGAUGGACUUGUCCCAUACGGUGCCCGGGGCGGCCGUGCACUGGUACGGCAAAGCAGCGAUUCGCCCGGGUCGCAAAGUGGGUCACUUGACCAUCGUCGCACCGUCGCUCGUCGAACUUCGCGCGCGUGCACUGGUGGUAAGCCCCGCCACGGCCGCCCUCACGAUUCCGUCGACCAAGCAACCUGUCGUGGGCAUCAUCAUGGGAUCGGACUCGGACCUCCCCAGCAUGUCUGCGGCGGCCAAAAUUCUCGACGAUUUUGAAAUCCCGUACGAGCUCAGCAUCGUGUCGGCCCACCGCACCCCCGAACGCAUGUACACGUAUGCCCAGAGCGCCCGGGCACGCGGUCUGCAAGUGCUUAUUGCCGGCGCUGGCGGCGCGGCGCACUUGCCAGGCAUGGUCGCAGCCCUCACGCCAUUGCCAGUUGUUGGCGUACCCAUUCAAACGCGCGCGUUGAGCGGGAUGGACUCGUUGCUGUCGAUCGUCCAGAUGCCCAAGGGAAUCCCAGUCGCGACCGUCGCGAUUGGAAAUGCCGCGAACGCGGGGUUGCUGGCCGUGCGCAUCCUGGGGGGUGACGCCAACUUGUCCAAAAUGGAAUCGUUCUUGGCGAGACAAGAACAAGAAGUGCAGGGCAAGAUCAACAAAAUGGAAGAGCAGGGAUGGAGCGCUUACUUGGCCAACAUGUCGGUCUAGACUCGCACCACAACGCUGUGGGAUGGCCUUGCAACGUGAAUACAUUACUGAAACGGAGUGCAUUCCGUAUCGAGUCGCCCGUUCGUUCGUCGCAUGGCCUCGGUAUGACAGCGGAUUCGAUGCUGCCAACGCUACAAUCCCUCGAGCAACGACUUGGCCAAACCUC